AUGCGGGUAACCAGUCUGCUAUGGUCUUCCCUGGUUAUACCGGCUGCUGUGGGCUUUCAGGUUCGGUUUAAGCCAUCCGAGGAUACUGCUCUCGACACCGUGGACGAUGGUACACUGCAGAGCUUGCUCGAUAACAUCGGGUUGAACGGCUCGAAUGCCUGGGAUACGAGGCCGGGGUUGGUUAUAGCUAGUCCUAGCAAAAAGGAUCCAAACUAUUUCUUUACCUGGACGAGAGACUCGGCUCUAGUGCUUAAGUGCAUUACCGACGCCUUUGCAGCUGGAAAUACCGCUCUACAGGAGACAAUCCACGAAUACAUCUCAUCUCAAGCUCGCAUCCAGUUGUUAAACACUCGCUCUGGUGGUUUGUCAAGCGGAGGGCUCGGAGAACCGAAAUAUCGAGUGGACGAAACCCCGUAUAAUGAGGACUGGGGCCGACCUCAGGCUGAUGGACCUGCGCUAAGAGCUACUGCCUUGAUUGCAUACGCAAGAUGGCUUCUUGAAAAUGACUACUAUGAUGUAGCUAAAUCGAUUGUUUGGCCGGUUGUCAAAAAUGACCUUUCAUAUGUUAGCGAACACUGGAACACUACGGCCUUUGAUCUAUGGGAGGAAGUAAAUAGUCCAUCCUUUUUCACCACUAUCGUCCAACACCGGGCUUUGGUGGAAGGUAUAAACAUAGCGCGUGCAUUGGACGAAACCUGCCCUCAUUGCGAAUCUCAGGCACCCCAAGCACUCUGCUACUUGCAAUCGUACUGGACUGGAACCGCCGUCCGGUCGAACUAUGGUCAAGGUCGCUCCGGGCUUGAUGUAGCCUCUAUUCUAGGCUCUAUCCACACAUUUGACCCCGAAGGAGAAUGUGACGACACCACCUUCCAACCUUGCUCUGCGCGAGCACUAGCAAACCACAAGGCAGUCACAGAUUCCUUCCGGUCCAUCUAUAAGAUUAACGGUGGUAUCAAGCAGGGCGAGGCCGUGGCCGUCGGCAGGUAUCCCGAAGACGUAUACUUUAAUGGAAACCCAUGGUAUCUAGCUACUUAUGCUGCUGCAGAACAACUAUACGAUGCCAUGUAUCAAUGGAACAAGAUAGGAAAAAUCACGGUGACUGAUGUUUCCAUGCCUUUCUUCAAGGAUAUAUAUCCCGAAGUGCAGACAGGGACACACGAGUCUUCCAGCCCGGAGUUCGGCAAUAUCAUUGCCGCAGUGAAGGCUUAUGCAGAGGGGUAUAUUGAGGUUGCAAAAAAAUACACCCCGUGCACAGGAAUGCUGUCAGAGCAGUUUUCCAGAGAUAAUGGAACACCAUUGUCUGUGGCGGAUCUCACCUGGUCAUAUGCAUCGUAUCUAACCGUAAUGGCCCGACGCAACUCCGUCGUUCCGGCUUCCUGGGGAGAGAAGAACGCCCGAGAUAUCCCAUCUACUUGUGUGCCAUCAUCGGCAACCGGGCCAUACCAAACGGCUACUAUAACCCAUUGGCCACCGAACCUCACCCCCACUGCUCAGCCGUCGCCUUGCCCUACGGCUUUGCCGACAAAGAAUAAUGUCCGCUUCAGACUGCUCGCUACGACACAGGUGGGCGAAGACGUCUUCCUGGUUGGAUCUAUCCCAGAGCUAGGCUCGUGGGACGUCAAGAAGGCUGUUCCGCUCAACGCCGACAUAUAUGCAGACAACUGUCACCAAUGGUAUGUUGACAUUGAGCUUCCGACUGCCGUGGCUUUCGAGUACAAGUUCAUCCGCAAGAGAGGAGGAGAGGUGAUAGCCUUUUAUCAAAUCAAUAUCCUAUUCUACACAUCCUCCCUCAACCCCGACAUCCCGAUCUACAGCCAAAAGCUAGCCAACACCACCACGCACGCGCAGAGCUUGGAGCUCGUAUUCCCCCAUCCGCUUAGCGAGACGACAGGGGCUGCUAGAAGAGCAGACAGUGACUAUAAAAAGGCCUUCUUGCCUCCUCUCUCCUCCCCCCCCAUCUUUCAUUGUUCAGUUUCAUCUGUUAACUCAUCUCCUCACAGGUUUUCCUCUACGCUUCUACGACAGAACCGACAACCAGCACUGAUACCCUACGAAGAAAAGCCAGAAAAAAAAUACCAAUAUACCCAAGAUAUGGCUUCAGUUACCUCUGUUCCCAAGACUGGACGCUCAGUCAACCAGGACGUGCCGGCAACGACGCUGACGCUGCAGACGCGUCCAACGCCCGCCCCCAACUUCGACGAGGGCGAGCAUCUCAUCCGCGUGCACGCCACCGCGCUGUGUGCAGGCGAGCUUUACUGGCACACCUAUGUCACUUUUACCAAGGAGGAAACGGUGCCCGGACCAGACGUGGCAGGCACGGUCGUGUUGGCUCCUCCUUCCUCGCCAUUCAAGCCAGGUGAUGAUGUUUACUGCCGCAUUCCUUAUUCGCGUGCGGGAGGUGCGAGGGACCACACAAUCGCACUUACCUCCGAAUUGGCACGCAAACCAAAGAAUCUGACCUGGGAAGAAGCCGCCACCGUGCCUCUGUCCGCCCUUACCGCCUGGCAGGCACUUUUCGACCAAUCUGGCUUGUGGGAGGGGCCAGAGGACGAGAGAGUGAAAGGGAAGAGAGUUGCUGUCACCGCGGCGUCGGGGGCAGUCGGGAUGUGGAUUUUGCAAUUUGCAAGGAUUGCCGGGUUCGACGCUGUAAUUGGAACGUGUGGUGAUGGAAACGAAGACUUUGUCAAGUCAAUGGGAGCCACGGACGCCGUCAACUACAAGACAACCUCAUUGACCGCGUGGGCAGCAGAGAAACAAGGACGAAAGGCUGAUUUGGUAAUCGACUGCUUUGGAGGAAAGAGCCUGGCCGAUGCUUGGGGCUGUGUCAAGGAUGGUGGUGUGCUGAUCAGCAUGGUUGGAUAUCCGGAACAGGAGAAGCCAGCUGGGCUUGAGGUGAAGGACGUGAAGAGCCACUUUUUCAUCAUGGAGCCCAGGGGUGAUCAGUUGCAGAAGGUUACGGAGUUGGUGGAGCAAGGUAAAUGUUCUUUCUUGAUGGACAGCGUCUACCCAUUGGAGCAAUUUCAGGAGGCUACAGACAAAGUGGAAAGCCGACGUGUCAGGGGCAAAGUGGUGUUGAAGGUGCUUUAG